AUGAGUGAAUCAAAAGAUCACGACGAGUGGAAUCCUCGUUUCAUUGAAAACACUUGUGAUGAACCUGAAGUUGCUCUACAACCACUAGAAGAUUAUCAAGAGUUAGAACUCGUUUCCCUCGAAGAAGCUAUCGAACCAAUAAAAUCAUUGUUCCGUAAUUUACCACGUGACGUUUGGAUUGCUAAAAAUGCAUCGAAGGAACCAGCCAACGGUCUUUCUUCUGAUGAAUCUGCUGCUAUUCAUCUUUACACCAUGGAAAUAAAAACUCGAAGCCUAUAUUCAAUUUUGAAUGAAAUGCUACGAGACAGAGAUCGUCAAAAACUAAAGCCAUGGUUUCCUUAUCUCAAACUAUUUAUGACUGCUCUUUUUAAAAUACAGUCAUGCUCAGCUAAAGUGAUCUAUCGUGGUGUUAAGGCUGAUCUUCAUUUGAAAUUUCAUGAUGGUGAACGCUAUAUAUGGUGGGCAUUUUCUUCAUGUACCUUAUCACUAAAAGUCUUACAACGAAAAAUGUAUUUAGGCGAUUCAGGUCCAAGAACUCUUUUUAAUAUAGAAUGUUUGAAUGGCAAACCAAUCAAGGCACAUUCACAUUACAAGACAGAAGAUGAAAUUUUGCUUCUACCCGGUUUCUAUUUCGAAGUUGUGAGCAAAGUCAAUGCAGGAAAUGGUUUAUACAUUAUACACGUACGUGAAAUCACUCCACCACAUGUUCUUCUUGAACCACCAUUUUCUAAUGAUUUGUCGACUGCUGUACAUCAAAUCAAUAUAGAAUCAGCUAUUCCUAAUAUUCCAAUCGACACUCGUUGGUCACAGAAUGGGGAGAUCGUUGCUGGAGGAAAUGGAAAAGGUAAUGCCACAAAUCAACUCUGGGGCCCUCAUGGUCUCUUCGUUGAUGAUGAUCAAACGAUGAUCAUUACUGACUACUGGAAUCAUCGUAUCGUCCAAUGGAAGAUGGGUGAUAAGAAUGGACAAGUUGUAGCUGGUGGAAAGGGCAAAGACAAUCGAUUGGAUCAACUGAGUCUUCCAACUGAUGUGCUGAUCGACAAAGAGACUGAUAGUUUCAUUAUCUGCGAUUACGGGAAUCGACGAGUUGUACGGUGGUCUCGUCGUAGUAGUACAAAUCAAGGAGAAAUUCUCAUUGACAACAUAAAAUGUUUUGGACUGUUCAUGGAUGAUCAGAGAUAUAUCUAUGUCUCUGAUACUGAAAAACAUGAAAUAAGACAAUAUCAAAUAGGAGAUAAGAACGGAAUUAUCGUGGCUGGUGGAAAUGGCAAAGGUGCUGGUCUCAAUCAACUCAAGUUUCCGACCUACAUCUUUGUUGAUCAACAACAGAAUGUCUACGUAUCAGACAACGAGAAUCAUCGUGUAAUGAAAUGGAAUAAAGGUGCAAAAGAAGGCAUUUUCGUUGCUGGAGGCCAAGGUGAAGGAGAUGCUCUCACACAAUUGUAUUUUCCUAUGGGACUCUUCGUCGAUACGUUGGGUACCAUCUAUGUGGCAGACUCGGGGAAUCAUCGAAUAAUGCGUUGGACUAAAAAAGCAAAGCAGGGUACUAUCAUUGUAGGUGGCAAUGGUGAAGGAGCAGGAACAAAUCAGUUCAAUUAUCUCGCUAGUUUUUUUUUCGAUCGACAAGGCAAUUUCUAUGUCGCCGAUAAUCAAAAUCAUCGUGUUCAAUUUUUUUCAAUUCAAUGA